CACCGCCGCCCUUUCUUCAGUCAGACACAUCUGCCUUUCCUGGAGGUGUCCCACAGGUGACAAGCCCAGAAUCAUGAGGCAGAUCUGUGGACUGAAAAUAGCAUGUGAAGUCAUUCACACCUAGUUGAAAUUCUGGCCGCAGCACUGAGAGGCUCUGUGACUAAAAGGUGGUUUCUGAGCCUUGCUGUGCCUGUCUGUUUGUAACUGCCGAGCAAGACCAUGUACCUGGCGAGGCACAAAUCGGAUCUCAAAUAUACAUCUCCCUUCUACUGUCAAAACAUCCUCACCAGAGACCGGCUGAAACAAAAUUCACUUCAAAUAUGGAAGGAUUUAACUGGGAAAAUUACAGCGAUGAAGAUUUUGGCAAUUACAGUUACAACACUGACCUGCCCUCUAUUCUACCAGACUCUGCCCCAUGUCGGCCAGAAAUUCUGGAUAUCAAUAAGCAUGCUGUGGUCGUCAUCUAUGCCCUGGUCUUCUUGCUAAGCCUCCUGGGAAACUCCCUGGUGAUGCUGGUCAUCUUAUACAGCCGGGUCGGUCGCUCUGUCACUGAUGUCUACCUGCUGAACCUGGCCAUGGCUGACCUGCUCUUCGCCAUGACCUUGCCUAUCUGGGCCGCCUCCAAGGCAAAGGGCUGGGUCUUCGGCACACCCCUGUGCAAGGUGGUCUCACUCCUGAAGGAAGUGAACUUCUACAGCGGUAUUCUACUGCUGGCCUGCAUCAGCAUGGACCGCUACCUGGCCAUUGUCCAUGCCACACGCACGCUGACCCAGAAGCGGCACUGGGUCAAGUUCAUAUGUUUAGGCAUCUGGGCCCUGUCCGUGAUCCUGGCCCUGCCCGUCUUCAUCUUCCGCAGGGCCAUCCACCCACCCUAUUCCAGUGCAGUCUGCUAUGAGGACAUGGGUGCCAAUACAACGAAAUGGCGAAUGGUGAUGAGGGUCCUACCCCAGACCUUUGGCUUCCUCCUGCCCCUGCUGGUCAUGCUGUUCUGCUACGGACUCACCCUGCGCACGCUGUUUUCAGCCCAAAUGGGGCAGAAGCACCGGGCCAUGCGGGUCAUCUUUGCUGUCGUGCUCGUCUUCCUGCUCUGCUGGCUGCCCUACAACCUGGUCCUGGUCGUGGACACCCUCAUGAGGGCCCAUGUGAUCGCCGAGACCUGUCAGCGCCGCAACGACAUUGGCCGGGCCCUGGAUGCCACCGAGAUCCUGGGCUUCCUGCACAGCUGCCUCAACCCUCUCAUCUACGUCUUCAUUGGCCAGAAGUUUCGCCACGGACUCCUCAAGAUCAUGGCCAUCCAUGGCCUGAUCAGCAAGGAGUUCUUGGCCAAGGAUGGCAGGCCUUCCUUUGUUGGCUCUUCUUCAGGGAACACGUCUACUACCCUCUGAGACUCCACACCGGGCUCCUUGCUUCCCCUCAGCAUCAUCCCAAGCCCCAUGUCCUCUGGCCGUUCACAGUCUCAUGUCAAGGCUGCUCCCUGUUGUGGUUACAGGAAGUUGCUGAGGCCAUGUCCCUAAUAGGCCCCCAUCACAUGGACUAGACAGCCUGUCCUGGGCCCACCUCUUGCUGUAAUCACCAUGUCAACUGAUAGAGCUUGGUGCAUCCUACCACUGAGCCCACAGUGCUCUAUCUUCUGGCAGACAUCCUUUGAAGAUAUUCUUUUCAAUGAUUACAAAAAGUUCCCACUAUUGGGAACCAUUAAUGUAAAACACCAUUGGUUACUUCCCUAACUCUCCCUUUCUUGUCUGCUGGCAAAGUCCCCUUCCCUUGAGAAAGGCUGAAAAUGACAGACACUCACUUUCCAAGAUUCCCUUAAGAUAGGAGUGGCUGUAUCAUCUUGUUCUGAUUUGUAAUACUUAAAAGCAAUAGUGUGCUGGUAAACCACUCUCCUAGGGGAAAAAUAUCUUGAUUUGUAGCAUUUGCCAUGUGCCAUGGUGUAUAUAAAUACUCCCACCAUAGCCAAUUUCAAGGGUGAUGGUAUUUAACAAUGAGUUCAAAAAAUCUAGAAAAUGUAAUAAUCAACUUUCACCGUCUGGAACAAACUGGUUUCAGUGCAUCAUUAUCUAAGAGGAAGUCUUCUGGGGCCAGAAGACACCUGGAAAGUGUUCCUGAUUUGAGAGAAAGUGACAUAUCCUUGGUUCUUGACUUUGAAUAUGGUUGUAGGAUAAGUUCUGUUGAGGCAGCCACUUUGUAACAAUGAUGCAAAAAAUAUACCCAACACACAGGCUGAUGGAGUCAAACAAUAAAAAGAACCUGAGAAUAAAGAGCCCAAAGUAAAACCACCAUAAAUAAUCAAAUGAAUUUUAACAAGGAUACCAAGACUAUGCAAUGGGAAAAGGAUAGUCCUUCAGCAAACUGUGCUGGGAAAAUUAGAUAUCCACAUGCACAGAAUGAAAAUGGACCUUUACCUUACAUCAUACACAAAAAUUGACUCAAAAUGGAUCGAAGACCUAAAAUUAGAAGCACAACUAUAAAACUCUUUGAAGGAACCAUAGAGGGAAAGCUUCAUGUCAUUGAAUUUGGCAAUGAUUUCUUGGAUAUGAUGCCGAAAGCACAAUUAACCAAAGAAAAAAUAGUUUAAGUAGACUGCAUCGAAGUUUAAAACUUCUGUGUGUCAAAGCCAAACACAAAUAUUAUGUUUCCCUUUAUAUGAAGUACGAAAAAUAGUGACAUUCAUAGACACCAGAGGCUAGGGAAAAGGGGGAUAUGGGGAAUUAUUCUUUAAUGGGUCCAGGAUUCAGUUUGGAAUGAUGUAAAAGUUCUGGAGAUGGACAAUGGUGAUAAUUGAACAACAACAUGAAUGUACCUAAUGCCACUAAGCUGUACAUUUUAAAAAGGGUAAAAUGGUAAAUUUUAUGUUAGUAUAUUUUGCCACAAUCAAAAACAAACAAAAAAAUCUAGUUCUAAAAAGGCAAACUUGAUCCACUGGAACCACCUACUUAUAACUUCUUAAGUGAGAUAAUUAAAUGUCUAUUUUGUGUAAA